UUGGGUUUAUUCAAGCGAAUGACCCAAAUAUUGCAUUCAAGACCGCCAAUAUUUGUCUUAUCAAGAGGCCAACUUAGUUCCAAUACGCCAGAAAGAGAUUUAACUGGGUAUGACUCAAAGAUUAGCUUAGGCAAAGGUCAACAACAUGUUUUUCAGUUUUUUUCGGCACACAUCUUCGAUCUGUUGCCGGCUGGUGCUUCUGUUCGAGGUGCUGCUGCAGAAACAGGUUUUACUGUACACGAAUGUGCUAAGAGAUAAACAAACCUUGACAAGUGAGCUCGCUGGCCAGGCGAACACAUCAAAAUCGAUUUCAAGUUCAGCGAUAUGUUUCUUCAUCAUAAAUAUUCGCCGAGCGAGGCAAUAAAUAAUAGACCAAAUACGAUUCGGACAUGCAAAUACCAGGUAAAGCCAACAGCAAGGCUGAUUGAAAAGAGACGGCGACUCAUAAGAGAUAUAAGAGAUAUGAUAUUAGGGGAGUUUACAGAGUGAAAAAAUUAAUUAUAGCCAAAAAACUUAAAUUAGCCUGGUAAUUUGUUAAAAAAAAAGACAGACACUUUUGUAAUUUUCCGCCGAAAAAAAGAUCAUUAGAUCCAAGAUCAUGUUUUUGUCGGUGUAACAUAAACCUCUUGAAUCAGCCCUAUUAGCUCCCACACGUACGCCUUUUUACGGCGCGCCAUGACGGAAAUACAUAUUAGUAUCGAGUGGCCGUGAUAUAAUCAAAAUGGGUUGCGAAAUCCACAGUUGACGUAUGUCAGCUAAUUUAAAUUCAAAACAGGCGCCCAAGAACGGCACUGUCCAACACUUGUUCGCCAGAGACGGCUGUCGUUCGUUGGCGGUCUGGCAACGCUAGUCGUCAGCCCCCACAGCUGUUGCAAAUACAACCCUGGCAAACGGCGCUUUCCAGCCCUGGAGAAAUAUAUAUUCUAUUCUUGGGGGAAAAUAAAAAAUGAAAAUAUCGCAGUAAAAAUGUCAUACGAUUGACUUAAGUGCAGGCAAAUGUUUGAACAGCGAGCACUCGAGUGAAGCCGAACUAUUCUUCUGGGUUUUCCCACUUUGGAGCGCUCCAAGUCGCCCUUUUCCCCCGCGAUGGCCAGCAGCAGCAGUAACAAUUCCUCGGCCAACAACCACGGAGGCCACAAUCCGCUCAACCGAUUGUCCCUGAAAUCCGCCGGAAAGCGCAACCAGGAGAGCAUGUCCCACUCCCAGCCGAAUGGCGGAUGGAUAAAUGUGGAAACCCUCAACAAUGGCAACGGGCUGCUCCACUCGCCGCCCCACAAUCACCAGCAACAGCAGCAGCAACAACAGCGAGGCGGCGGAGGAGCUUCGCCAGCUGGAGGCGGCGGUGGAGGAGGAGGUGCCAGCGCCGGAGCGGAUCACAAUAUCCAGAUAACGCAGCCCAUCAGCGCACCAUCCUCACCGCUGGCCUCGCCGGGCGCCCUGAACAGCAGCAGCAGCAGUAGUGGAGGCGGCGCAGGAAGUGGCGGAGGCAUCUCCGGCAGUCCCACUGCCUUCUGUCUGCCCUCCAGUUCCGCUGCGGCGGCUGUGGCGGCCAUCUCGGCCACGCCAACCAGCGGCAGUGGAUCGUACGUGUGCUCUGCCGGAACCAAUUGGCACUUCGCAGCCGUGGCGGCAUCCAACGCCAUCGAUACGGCGGAUCCCAACUGGCAGGCCAGCAAGGCGACGGUUCUCGAGAGGAAUGCAGCCAUGUUCAACAACGAACUGAUGUCCGAUGUCAAGUUCAUUGUGGGCGGAGAGUUCGACAUCGAUCCCAUUCAGACCAUUCCCGCCCACAAAUACAUUCUCGCCACGGGCAGUUCCGUAUUCUAUGCCAUGUUCUACGGCGGACUGGCGGAGAACAAGCAGGAAAUCAAAGUGCCUGAUGUGGAACCCACUGCCUUCCUAACGUUGCUAAGGUACCUCUAUUGUGAUGAAAUCAAACUGGAACCUGAACACAUCCUGGCCACCCUGUAUGCCGCCAAGAAGUACAUCGUUCCGCACUUGGCCAGGGCCUGCGUCAACUAUCUGGAGGUGAAGUUGACGGCAAAAAACGCCUGCCUACUUCUCAGUCAAUCGCGUCUGUUCGAGGAGCCCGAGCUGAUGCAACGUUGCUGGGAAGUGAUCGACGCACAGGCCGAGAUGGCGGUUAAGUCCGAGGACUUUGUGGACAUUGACCUCAAGACCUUCGAGUCGAUCCUCUCGCGGGAGACGCUGAACUGCAAGGAGAUCCACCUGUUCGAGGCGGCGCUUAACUGGGCCUUGAACGCCUGCGAGAAGAUGAGCAUCGAUGAUACUCCACAGAACAAGCGUAGGCUGUUGGGGCAGGCUCUGCACCUUAUCCGCAUUCCCACAAUGACGCUGGAGGAGUUCGCCAACGGUGUGGCCCAGACAGGCAUUCUCUCGUCGCAGGAGACAAUCGACAUGUUUCUGCAUUUUACCGCCAAAAUGAAGCCCUCGCUGGGCUUUCCCACACGCUCCAGGGCGGGAUUAAAGACACAGGUGUGCCAUCGCUUCCAGUCGUGCGCCUACCGCUCGAACCAGUGGCGCUACCGCGGACGCUGUGAUUCAAUUCAAUUCUCAGUGGAUCGAAGAAUCUUCAUCGUGGGCUUUGGACUUUAUGGCUCGUCAACUGGCGCUGCCAACUACAAUGUAAAGAUCGAACUGAAGCGUUUGGGUCGCACACUCGCCGAGAACGACACUAAGUUCUUUUCGGACGGAUCGAGCAACACGUUCCACGUGUUCUUUGAAAACCCUAUUCAGAUCGAGCCCGAGUGCUAUUACACCGCCUCCGUGAUCCUCGACGGCAAUGAGCUUAGCUUCUUCGGCCAGGAGGGCAUGUCGGAAGUGCUGAUGGGCAACGUGACAUUCCAGUUCCAGUGCUCGUCGGAGAGCACCAACGGCACCGGAGUGCAGGGUGGGCAGAUCCCAGAGCUGAUCUUCUACGGACCCACCACCGUAACUGCAAUGAGUUCGCCCACAAACUCGGUGUGUGCCACACCCAUUGGUGGUGGAGGAGGCACCUCAAGCGCAGCAGCAGGCGGAACAGCUACUUCAAAUGGCAGCAAUGGAUCUGGGAAUAACGCCAACGGCUCUGGGGAGGAUCUGGCCGACGAUGGAAGCACCUGAUGCGCACAGCUCUACUGCGCCGAGUGGCAGGGAGCGUGCUACUACCGCCAACAGCAGCAGCAGCAACAGAAGAGACCAACACAACAAUACAAAACACAGCAACCGCAACAGCUACAGAUACAAAAUCGAAACUCAUGGGUUUUCAGUGCAACACAACAAAGCAAAUUGGAGUUUUAGGCGCAUAUAUAUCUAUAGUUAUAUAUACCAAGAUAGUAGAGUGCUCUAGUUUUCGUAAUAGUCACAUAUAUAUACACCUCGGCAGUGCGUUUUAAAGCUCUGAGACGGUUGUCAGAUCAAGAUCAUCUCAACAAGAAAGUCACGCGAUGCAAGUCAUUCGAUAUAAGGAGUUUUCGGUAGUUGAAAAGAUUUCCUUCGUUAUCCCAAGUAUGUUAAGCAAGUUAAUUUUGACUGUUUUGCAGUUCUAAAACGCACUGUACAUAGUUGUUGGUAAUGCAUAUAAAAAUAUUUUCGAAAUCGAAACAAGUUGAACAUAUACACCCAGAACUAUAUAGAAGCAGAUUAGUAGUUGACUCGAAAACUUAAUACGUUCCACGAUCUGAGAGGGCGGGAUGGGGUAAAAGGGGCGCUGUAUAGGGACGCAUACGUAGAUGCAAUAAGUGAAAAUCGGGCAAUCAGUCAAGCUAGCGUUAACCAAUAUUCUAAAGAGAGUUAAUGGAAGAGUGGAAGCAAACUAAUACGAUAUAUACCAAACAUAUUUUUGCCAGCAUAUACCCAACAUAUAUAUACACAUCUGAUCUGAUAAUGAUAUAUACACGCAUAUAGAUAAACUAUAGACCUAUACACUCGGAGGGAUAAUAAGCCAUGUUGGGAAGUGCAUACGACGAAUUUGAAGCCAAGUUAACCAGUUUACGAAAUAGGAAGGAACAAAGAAAUCAAAGGAUCUUGUACGAGUUUGUGCACAAAAUCUCUUCAUAUAUAUAUAUUCGAAUAUUAAUCUUGUAGUAUGCAUUAUCGCUAUUUCGUAGUUGCUCCAUUAUAGCUCUCAUAGAUACACACAUGCCUUUCUACUGAUACUAAGCCCCGUUCCCUGCUCCUGUGCAUUAUUAUCAUAGGCUGCUCUGCGCAACAAUCAGUUUUACGUUUGACUUAUGAAUUUCUUUGGAAAUUGUACUGAUUUUUUGCUUUUGAUAAGACAAUUACCGUUUUUUUAUAUACAUAUAACUAUAUAAAUGAAAAUGUUAUCCUAUACCGAUUAUGAAUCUAUUACCAUUAUGUACUUUAAUCAAACAAAAUACAUUAUUAGAUUUUUGCGAAUUUA